AUCAAUAUUAUACGGGAGGAAGGGACAGGCAGGUGGCAGUUUUCUCAUACGAGUGGUGGUGACCACCCUUCUUCACUAAGAGGAGAUGCGCGUGUGGAAAUUGCUUUCAGUGCGCGGCGGAAAAUUCGCCCACCCAAAACAUGUCGUCGUCUUCUAGCGAGGAUUGUUUCACGGUCGUGGAUGUGCCAGAGAAUCGCUACGACGAGGCAAUCCACCAUCUGAGAUGGAACUUCUUCGCUGAUGAGCCGCUUAACAACGCCGUAGGGCUUUGCGCAAGGGGAGAAUCCCAGCGCGAUCUUGAGCAACACUGCCUUCUCACCUUGAAGCAGGGUUACUCCAGGAUGCUAGUAGAUAAGAAGGGAGCGAUAGCGGGAAUGGCACUAAACGGUAUUCUGAAAAAAGGUGAACACAAGGAGGCUGAGCGGCGUCUCGACGAGUUCGAAGACGAAAAGUUCAAGAUAAUCUUCAGACUACUUCAUAAGGUCAACGACAAGAUUGAUUUGUUCACCAAGUAUGAUGUUGACGAGCUGUUCGAGUGUCGGAUUCUCAGCGUUGACGAGAAUUAUCGCGGCAAAGGCUUAGCCAGUAUUCUCAUAGCCGACUGUGAGAAAAUCGCCAAAAAUGCUGGUUUUAAGGUGUGUAAGGCCGACGCGACCAGUGUAUUCUCACAGAAGGUCUAUCUGAAGCAUGGCUACCAGGUAGAAGCAGAGAUUCUGUACGCGGAACACUUGGACAAGUCUAUCAGUCCAGCGCCGCCCCAUGAGGCGGUAAAACUGAUGGUGAAGUUGGUAGAUUGAAAAUAAACAGAAGAAAGUCGCUCGCUCGGAGAGCUUAAUUAAAUUAAACCGUCGGCACGAAAGCGCAAAGCGCAAAGUAGAUAAAAGAUAUGUGUAUCGUCGUCGUGUCAUGACAAUAACAGCUCUGUUAAUAAUACAUGUCUCGGCGUCGCGAAUGACGUGACGCCUUCUCGUAGAAUAUAUAUUUAUCUAAAAGCAAAAGAGAAAAGAGUGGCAUCACGCGUUUUAAGUAGUACACGUGUCGAAAUAUCUCCGAACGAUAUCCGGUAUUACUGCCCCCAGUGUGUUCCGAAUGAGGAACAUUCGGUUUGAAAGAAACGGAGAAAGAGAUCGAUAAUUUAAUAAAAUUGAAUAAUUUAAUGCAGCGAACGGGCGAAUCCGCUAAAAAUCUAUCAAAUGUCUCGCAUUCGGAUCCUUUAUUCCCGCUCUGCGCGGAAGUCAACUCGACUCUAAAAGUCAAUCUAGCAAAACAAAUAAGAUACGAAA